GUGUGGUAUUCUGAAACUGACUCAACAAAUAUUUACUUUCAACAACUAAGAAUAUUAAAUUUUUGUAAAGAAUAUAUUAAAAAGAUAAAAUGUCACAAGCCGGCGUAGUGGCCGCUCGUAAAGAGAUAACAGGUCUUAAUCGCAUGACCACCAAGGGACUGAUGGAACUCUGCAAGAGAGACAAACUCUAUCAAACCCCGCGUUUAAAUGAUGUACUAUAUUUGCACUAUCAAGGCUUCCAGUGCAUCGAGUGCUUGGAAGAAUACACAGAGUUGAAGUGCCUGUGGCUAGAAUGCAAUGCCAUUUCUGAAAUACAAGGAUUGGACAAACUGAGCAAGCUCAAGUGCCUCUUUCUUCAAAAUAAUCUAGUCACAAAAAUUGAUAACUUAGACCCAUGUCGCGAGCUAGACACUCUCAAUCUUAGCUCGAAUCAUAUUCGAAAAAUACAAAAUAUUGGGUCCGAUAUUUUGCCAGUUUUGAACACCCUCAAUAUUUCAUCGAACUAUCUGAAGGACAGUGAGAGUUUGUCCGACUUGGUUCAAUGUAAGACACUGUCGGUACUGGACUUAUCAAACAACCGAAUCGACGACAUUUUGGUUGUGAAAGUAUUUGAGCAGAUGCCCAGUCUAAAGGUUUUGGUGCUGCAAGGAAACCCAGUAGUUUCUAGACUGCCUCAGUAUCGAAAAACAUUGAUACUGGCCUGCAAAGAACUUACCUAUUUGGAUAGUCGUCCUGUAUUCCCACGGGAUCGAGCGUGUGCUGAAGCCUGGAAGCGAGAAGGCUACGAAGGAGAGCGAAAGGAAAACUUACGUUGGAACCGGGCCGAACGUAGAAAAACACGCGAAAGCGUUAACUGUUGCAUACGCAUGCGCAAUAGUCACCGGCCUGCCGAUCAGCAGGAUACUUUACUGAGGUCCAGUGAUUCUGAAGACGAUACAGUUGCAGAAAGGAGCCGCAAGAAGGCCGAGCUCGAGAACGGUGGGGUCGAUGACUUGUGGGACGAGGUGUCGGGUGAACACCAGAGCUCCGAGCACAAUACCAGCUCAUCUAGUUCUGUUGAAGACAAUGAGAGCACAGGCUCUCAGGACGAUCAUAUAGCAGAGAAAAUAAGCAAUCGGAAGCCCCUUGAAGGGCGACCCAAGGUCCUUUAUGAAACUAAAUUGGGCAACCUCGGCGAAAAUGAGACGAGGCUAAUUACAGAAAGCUCGGAAUCCUUCGGAGCUAGUCAAAGAGAACAUGCCAAUAAGAGAGAUGUUGGAAAAUUGAAGUGUGUUGCCAUAGAAGAGGCAAAGUUAAAGGAAAUACAUAUUACAAGUGAACUGACAGACAAUGAUGAUAGAAAUAGAUUUACAGAUCCAGAAAUGGGGGUAAAACCUCUUGACACUUUUAAAGAGGAUAAAAACACGGUAGAAAACCUCUCAAGUCUCCAUUCAACAAAGUCUAAUGAAAAUAUUAGCGAGCUCGACAGUAGCUCAGAACGGGAUAAGAAUGAAGAUCUUGAGCACAGUUGCAAAGCCCUGACAAUUGUAGUCCAAAAUAGCACUCUAGAGGAUCCUAGCAACAAAGAAAUUAAAAGCAAAUUAAUUGAUGAAAUGUACGAGAGUUUUGCUGGUGAUGACGAGGAACAACUCAACGAAUCUCUCGAUUCGAUUCCAAAUGAAUGCACACAAAAUUACCACUUAGAAGAAAGAUUUUUGUGCGGGGAGAACAAGACGCCGAGGAACUUUUAUCAAGAAGAUUGGGAGCCCUGCUUCACACCAAAGAGCAAAGAGCAGCUGGAGCUUGAGCAGGAAUGUGCUAUGGCUAAUGACAAAUGUGCUCAUGAUUUGGAGGAGAUGGGUAGCCAUAUGGAGGAGGAUCUGGAAGAACUCAGGAUGGCCGCACAGAUUUCGGUCGGCCCAAUAAAGGACGAGGCUGAUGAAACAGACACAGAAACAGACGAGGACUUGACAGUCCAGGAUCCGAAGUCUGCGCUUCUGGCACAGCAGUUCAUUGAACGGCGAAUGAAAAUGAAACUAAGAGAAGAAGAAAAGGCAAGAGAAAAAUCCGUAGGCGAUUUAAAUAUUUCACUGUUGAAAGAAUCUGCAGAUGAUGAUCAAGAACUCUUGUUUGCUAAGAUACUAGAUGAUGCUACAGAUAAUGUACCCAAGCGAAUCUUUGGAACUGGAUGUGAUGCGCCAAGCCAAGAAUGGUCACAGGAAGAGUGUCUACGUCAACUGACUCUAUCUGAAUUGAAAGAAAUUCCCCUACAUGAGGACAUCUUCACCGAACCGAUUAUGAAUACUGCUAGUUAUCAAGAGGCUGAGGAAAUUUGUCUUCGCAUGGACCAAAAAUUGGCAGAUGACGAGGAAGCACUACGUAAACUCUUGCAGGACUUAGAGGAUGAGACCAUCAACCAGUAUGAUAUUGAAACAAAGGUGGUGUGCGAAGAAAUCAUUACCAUUGAAGAAACCGAUGUUGGCAGUAUUUGUACCUCCUUGUUAAAAGAUAUCAUUGAUGAGCUGACCUUUAAGGAAAUAUCACAGGACGAAAAACCUAAGAGUUUCGAUUUCGGUCCGAUCGAAUCUGACGAGGAGUACAGUUACUCUGCUGAACCAAAACUAGAAAAGUUGGUGCCUCCUGAAUUAGAGGAUCCAGCCCGUGGUAAAAGCCUACGCGAAUGCCUUGACACCUUUUCUGACUUUGUCACUUCAAUGGCCGAUCCAAAGCUGCCGUUGAUGCUGGGUCGUAAACCGACCUCGGGAGUGGAGAAAAUUCGUGCCUCCCAAGAGUUGUUAAAAUCAAAAUAUUUGGCGGAGUUUAACAAGGAUACACCGGAAAGCUUGGACACCCUGAUAGCCAAGGAUAAUGAGAAACGUAAGAGGCGUGUCGCAGCCUCCGCUACCCGCUGUUUCAGCCAAAGAGAAAAAUAUGAAGAUACCUUAGAUGUGGUGGAAAACCGUUUGAUGGUUGUGAAGAAGGGCUCAGGGGAGCUGGAAGAGCUGCCACCUCCACCUGCCUUAAUAAGUGACACAGAGUCUGACGACUAUGAUACAGCCGAGGAAGAAUACACACAUGGAAAGGGGGAUUUUACGCUGAAAGUUAGCCGUCCAUGGACUACCCCAUAUAAGCCAAAACCACGAAAGUCCGAGGAACAUCUGGUUACUGAGGCAAUGCAGCAAAAUCAAAUGAAAUCUGCAUUUGAAAGCUGCGCAGAUGAAGCAAAAGAGGAAGACCUCGCCGAAGAUGAAUUUUUUUCGCUGGAAGCUAUGACAACCUUCGGGAACCUUGACUCCGAAUUUUUUCAAAAACUGGAUCUUAAAAAGGUCCCCGAAAUUGACGAUGCAGAAUCAGCCAUCGAGUGCAUGCGAAGCUACAACGAACUUAAAGCUUAUAUGAAGCCCGGAUCGAUAGAACCCAAGCUUACUAGUGAAGAAAACGAGAUGUUGCAGACGAUGAUCUCUAAGGAGGACUUUAAAAAUGGCACGUCAAAGGAGAGUAAUCCCCAAAAGGAUGAGGAGGAUGACUUGCUACAGAAAAUGGUUCUUCGCAUGAAAGAGUUUGAGGAGCGGGAGAAACAGCUCCAGCUCAUACCGCAAGACACUCCCAAGGAGUUGGGGCCUAUAAACUUGUCCCUUGGUGGGUCUAAGCUUUUCGAGAAAAAAAGCAACAUUUUAGGGGAGAUGCUUGGUAAUUCAGAGAAUGAAAACGAACAUCAUACGGUUGAUGGGAACAAUGGGAGUUACUUGAACACAUCUCAGGUUGAAGAACGUGGAGAAUUUUGUGAUAAAAACUCUCAUGCGCCUUCAAAUAAAAGUGUAGAUGACGAUAUAAAGAGUGACCCUGCAACCGACUACGAAUCCGGCGAAGAGGUUGUCGUAGUAGAGCCACCUAAGCUCCCCAAGGCAGUCCUAAAAUCGUUUUACUCUGAUGGAUUUGAGGCAGACCUUAAAAUGGUGCACGACCUUGAAGAAGCCACGAGACGCAAUCUCUAUACCCAUCCUCUUUCACCACCACCUUCAACAAAUGGUGCUCAAGAAACCGAAAAUAAAUCGAAAGCCCCUACUGAGAUCUCUGCUGGGGCAAGGGAGAAGUGGGGGAAAAUAGCUCAAAGAUUACACGAGUUUCUUGAUCCUGAGACGAUUGCAAUGUUAGAUAAACGAGAGUUUGCCGAGAGCGAUGAAGGUGAAGACGAUGGUGAUGAAAAUAUUCUUUCCGACUCUGUUCCCGAUGAUUCAGAGUUUAUUAAAAAGGAAAUAUUUGAAGAUGAGGAAAAACACAAAGUUUCCAACGAAUUUAGUGUUAAACAAAACAUUAACGAUGGAAGUUUAAAUCUGUCUAAAGGAAAAGGCACCUCUCCGUCGGACAACCACUAUACGCUUGUGGAAAGUGCAGAGAAGCCACUAUCUAAUCAUGAGGUCAAAUCCGCAAUAAUGGAGACGGAAAAGAUGAACAUCAUUUUGGCACAAGAUACAGUUAGGAAUGACAACUCAGCAAUCGAGGAAACAUGUGAAUCAUCGCCAAAUGAAGAAGGAAAUUGCUCAGCGGAUUUAAAAGCAAAGCCAGCAUUCAAUUUGCAUAAAGAUGCCCCAGCUGAAUGUGUAAUGAUUGACUACUUUGAGGAUUCAGAACCAAAUGAAUUUGAAAUCGGUCGGUUGGCUCAACGAGAUCUAAAAACGGAACAAAUUCAGUGCAACCUUGAGAUUCUGAGCGACGAUGGUGUUGUUGUAGUUGAAGAGCUCAGUGUCAGUGCUCAGGUAACCUUUAAGAAAUAACAGUUCCGGAUUGGUUAAUUAAAAUGUGUGUAAAAUGUUUUUCCAAAUAUUUACUGUUUUUCGUUUUGUUUAAGUAAAUUGAUGAGCAUUCCAAAAGCGUA